GGGAGCUGCAACUCCUUCUGCUCGUCCCCGUUUUCCCGCCACACACACACAACCAAGCUCUUAAACCAGUCGCAUCUACCCAGCUGAGCUGUAUCCCGCUCUGGAUCCUUGUGGCGAGACGGUCACAGAUCAUUCAACAUGGGUAUUAAGAACCUCUUCUCAGUGAUCUCGGAAGAAGCCCCUGAUGCUGUCAAGACGGGAGAAAUUAAAAACCACUUCGGCCGCAAGGUCGCUAUCGAUGCGUCCAUGAGUAUCUACAGCUUCCUUAUCGCUGUUCGCUCCGAUGGACAGCAGCUCAUGAAUGAGACCGGAGAAACCACAUCGCACUUGAUGGGAAUGUUUUAUCGCACGCUCAGAAUGGUCGACAAUGGAAUCAAACCUCUGUACGUCUUUGAUGGAGCUCCGCCAAAGCUCAAAUCCGGGGAGUUGGCCAAACGUUUUGCGCGGAGGGGUGAGGCGACCGAGGCGCAUGAGGAGGCCAAGGAAACUGGAACUGCAGAGGAUGUGGAGAAGUUCUCUCGCCGCACAGUACGAGUCACCAGGGAACACAAUGCAGAUUGCAAGAAGCUGCUGAAGCUGAUGGGCAUCCCAUACAUUGACGCCCCGACCGAGGCCGAGGCACAAUGCGCGGUACUUGCCCGUGCUGGGAAGGUCUAUGCUGCUGCUUCGGAGGACAUGGACACUUUGUGCUUUGAAACCCCCAUUCUUCUGCGCCACUUGACAUUCAGCGAGCAGAGAAAGGAGCCCAUCCAGGAAAUCCAUCUCAGCCGUGCGCUGGAGGGAUUGGGCAUGGAUCGCAAACAGUUCAUCGAUCUUUGUAUCCUACUGGGUUGCGACUACCUAGAACCGAUUCCCAAGGUCGGUCCGAAUACGGCACUCAAGCUAAUUCGGGAGCAUGGGACUCUUGAGAAGGUGGUUGAGUUCAUCCAGAACGACCCCAAGAAGAAAUAUGUCAUUCCCGAUGACUGGCCAUAUCAGGAUGCCAGAGAGCUGUUCUUGAACCCCGAUGUUCGGGACUCCGAUCAUCCCGACUGCGACUUCAAGUGGGAAGCGCCCAACGUAGAGGGCCUGGUGGAAUACUUGGUUACAGACAAGGGAUUCAAUGAAGACCGGGUUCGCAGUGGUGCUGCCCGCCUGCAGAAGCAUCUGAAGACCGCCCAGCAAUCUCGCCUAGAGGGAUUCUUCAAGCCAGUAGCCCGAACGGACGCGGAGAAGGCGAGCUUGAAGCGUAAGCACGACGAGAAAAUUCAAGAACAGAAGAAGCGCAAGAAGGAUGAGGCCAAAGCUAAGAAGGAGGCCAAGGCGAGACCUCGUGGCGCUGGCUGAACAGUGACCUGCCGCAAAGUAUCGAUUUCCCACGGAGUUGAGUCCGAGGGCCCGGAAAUGUGGUAGACAUAUGAUCGACACCAGCUGGAAAACCUGCUCUGUCGUGUCUUUUGAGUGCCUUGGUUUGAUCCUUGGCGGCGUUCUAGGCUUUGGUUAUUGUAAACAUGGCAAGGCGUUUUGAUCGGCGGGAAUGCGCCAGCAUAGCUUACUACUGAUGUUGAACAUAGUUGUUUUGAGUGGUCC